UCUUAACAAUCACAUUUUGCCGCUUUAUUGUUUAUUUUUUGCAUCCUUUUUAUUGUUAUUGAUACAAUGAAUUUACUGCCCAAAACCCGCGAGGAAUUCGCGCAGACGGAUUACUGGAACGAGUUCUUCAAGAAGCGGGGUGAAAAGGCCUUCGAGUGGUAUGGCGAGUAUCUAGAGUUGUGCGAUCAGAUCCAUAAAUAUAUCAAGCCGGUUGACAAAAUCCUGAUGCUGGGAUGUGGUAACUCGAAACUGAGUAUGGAUAUGUACGACACCGGUUUUCGGGAGAUCACAAACAUUGAUAUCUCACCCAUCGCAGUGAAGAAAAUGUUGGAACUGAAUGCAAAAACCCGUCCUGAUAUGAAGUUCCUGCAAAUGGAUGCCACAGCCAUGACCUUCCCAGAUGAUAGCUUCUCAGUGGCCUUGGAUAAGGGAACGCUGGAUGCUUUAUUCGUGGAUGAUUCCCCCGAAACGAGACUUGUAGUGGAGAACUAUUUUAAGGAGAUACUGAGAACCAUGCGCAAUGGUGGUCGUUAUGUGGGCAUCUCACUGCUCCAAGAGCACAUCCUUAACUUCCUGCUGGAGUUCCUGCCCAAACAUAAUUGCAUGCUGAGAAUCGUCCAUUGCCUGGGAGUGGAACAGGCCAACAAGGAGAAAAAUGCCGAUGAUGCCUUGACAAUGCCAGUUUUUGUAGUCGUUGCCACCAAGUUUAAGAGUCUUCCGAUGCCUAUCCUGGAGUUUGGUUUUGGCAACGAUAAGAUGCAGAGAUUCACUGCAGUUUCUGAGCUGAGCAACGCAGUCUCCUCAGUACAAAAGGCCGCUUUGGUUUGCAACGGUUUGGCCAGAUCCAACAUAGCUGGUCACAAUGAGGUGAUAAUGGAUUUGCAUCGACCUUCGGAGCAAGCCCCUCGCUAUACGAUCCACAUACUGGACAAACCGCCAGCUCGGGGCCUGGGAAAAUAUGCGGCGUUCAUUGUUCCCCAGGGAAGAGAGGUGGAGUGGCUAUUUGCCACACCUGUUGGAAGGAAAAAGCUCCAGGACUCCGCCAACUUCCAGCGACUGGCUGUGGUUACCCUUCAUCGCGAUCAAGUUUAUAGUACCUUGGACGAAGUUAAAUUAGAGUUGGCCGACAGCAUAAAGAACCUAUCGCCGGCUGGUCUUAAUGAGCAAAUACCGUAUCUAUCUCUUGGAUCCGAUGUAGGCAAAAGGGAGACUCUUAUUUGUGGCUUUUCAAAAAUAUCCGGAGACUUCCGCAUUGAGGAAGUGGAGGCCAACGGCAAAACCCUGCGACGCCUCAUAUUCCUUAGCAAUCAGUUUGUCGUGCAGUCGGAAGCGUUAGUCAAAACAAUCAAAAUUAAAGGCAAAAAGGAGCGUAAGAAGAUUGACUUUGGCUACUUGGCCUGCCAGCAUCAUUUAUACAUGUCCGUGGGUGUUCAAUUGGCUACCACUUUGCAAAAUCCCAAAAAGGAUGUGGAGAAGGAUGUGUUAGUUAUCGGCUUGGGAGGCGGUGGCCUUUGCAGCUUUCUUCACGCCGCUUUACCUCAAGCCAGAAUUACGGCCGUUGAAAUUGAUCCUAUUAUGUUGGAAGUGGCUGAGCAGUAUUUCGAGCUCAAGCAGGACAAACGCUUCCAUGUGGUUAUUGAUGAUGGCCUGGAUUUCGUGGAGCGCUGUCGCAAUGAGGAUAUCCACUUUGAUGCCGUUUUGUUCGAUGUGGACAGCAAGGAUCUCAGCUUGGGUAUGAGUUGUCCGCCCCAAAGUUUCCUGGCCAAUAAAAUCCUGCAGCACAUCAAGGAAAUCAUCGGACCCAAAGGACUCUUCAUGCUCAAUCUUGUGUGUCGCGAUGAAAGCCUUCGCACCGAAGCCCUCGACAAUCUGCACAAAGUCUUCCCCGCUGUGUGCAGCUACAAAUUAGACGAAGAUAUCAACGAGAUUAUUUACUGUGCCAACGAUGAAAAGUACAAAACUGUUGAACAGUGGAAGAAAAACAUGGGGACCGCUGGCCGAGGAUUGAACAGUGCCGUCAAGGAAACGAAACUUGCCAGUGAGGAUGCCCUAGAGGUAGCAGAGUUCCUCAGCGAGUUAAAAAUAUAAUCUUUAUAAAUUAGAACCAUUAGCAAAGACGAUUUACGAUUUUAAAUAAAUGUUAAUUGUAUUUAGUUAUAAAUAAAGACUAAACUAUUAACUAA